AUGGCGUUUUGGUUUGGACUCCUUCUUCUUGUUCUGCUCCUUUGUUUGGAUUCGGUGAAUUCUCACGACGGUGAGGGCUUCUCUCUAACCCAACACGGUGUUGUUUUCUUUUGUUUUUACAAGCUUAAUGUGGAUGUUUGUAUUGAAGGAUCAACGUUGUUGGAGAUGAAGAAGUCGUUGAGGGAUAUGGAUAACGUUCUGUUAGACUGGACUGACUCACCUUCUUCUGAUUAUUGUGGCUGGAGAGGAGUUACGUGUGAUAAUGUCACUUUCAAUGUGGUUGCAUUGAAUCUUUCAGGAUUGAAUCUUGAGGGCGAAAUCUCACCUGCAUUAGGGAGGCUUAGCAGCUUGGUCUCUAUUGAUCUCAAGGAAAACCGUUUAUCUGGUCAGAUACCUGACGAGCUUGGUGACUGUUCCUCUUUGAAAAACAUGUAUGUUUCAUACCUUGAAGAACUGAAUUCUAUUGAUAACUUGUCCUUUAAUGAGAUUCGGGGAGAUAUCCCGUUUUCAAUUUCAAAGAUGAAAAAGCUGGAAAAUCUAAUCUUGAAAAAUAAUCAGCUAAUUGGACCAAUUCCUUCAACUCUCUCUCAGAUUCCUAACUUGAAGAUUCUAGACCUGGCACAAAAUAACCUCAGUGGGGAGAUACCAAGACUUAUAUACUGGAAUGAAGUUUUGCAAUAUCUUGGCUUGCGAGGUAACAAGUUGGUGGGUUCACUUUCUCCAGACAUAUGCCAGUUAACUGGAUUGUGUGACGUGAGAAACAAUAGCUUGACAGGCGAUAUUCCUGAAAACAUAGGCAAUUGUACUGCUUUCCAGGUCUUGGAUUUAUCCUACAACGAGCUAUCCGGAGAGAUACCAUUCAAUAUUGGUUUCCUGCAAGUAGCAACUCUGUCAUUGCAAAGCAAUAAACUCUCAGGUCAUAUUCCAUCAGUUAUUGGUCUGAUGCAAGCUCUUGCUGUCUUAGAUUUGAGUUGUAAUAUGCUAAGUGGGCCAAUACCUCCUAUAUUGGGAAAUUUGACCUACACAGAAAAAUUGUAUUUGCAUGGAAACAAGCUGACUGGGCUUAUCCCUCCAGAGCUGGGAAAUAUGACAAAGCUUCACUAUUUGGAAUUGAAUGACAACCAUUUAAGUGGACAUAUCCCGCCUGAGCUUGGAAAGCUUACUGAUCUGUUUGACUUAAAUGUUGCCAAUAACAACCUUGAGGGUCCAAUUCCUGGUAAUCUCAGUUCAUGUAAAAACCUCAACAGCUUCAAUGUGCAUGGAAAUAAGCUCAGUGGAACAAUUCCAUCAGCUUUUCAAAGCUUGGAGAGUAUGACCUAUCUGAAUCUUUCUUCAAACAAUCUUCAAGGGUCUAUUCCAAUUGAACUUUCACGGAUUGGUAAUUUGGAUACUCUGGAUAUAUCAAAUAAUAAUAUAGUUGGCUCAAUUCCUUCUCCCAUUGGUGAUUUGGAACAUCUUCUGAAGUUGAAUCUGAGCAGAAACCAUUUAACAGGCAUUAUUCCAGCAGAAUUUGGUAAUCUAAGAAGUGUCAUGGAUAUCGAUAUUUCCAAUAAUCAACUCUCUGGCUUGAUCCCUCAAGAACUUAGUCAGCUUCAGAAUAUGAUAUCUUUGAGACUAGAAAAGAACAAAUUAUCUGGGGAUGUGUCUUCACUUGUAAAUUGCCUUAGUCUUUCUCUGAUCAGUUUCAUUGGAAACCCUGGUCUAUGUGGCUAUUGGCUGGACUCAUCUUGUCGAGGGUCUCACCAUACUGAGCGAGGUCAGCUGAACUUUCUAGCAGAAAUACCAUGUUACCCCCCUCCCAUCUAUGUCUUGUUGUAUGGUUUUAUAAGAACCCAAAUUCUCCAGUUCCUCCCCCCAAAAGAUCUUCCCAUGUUACUUUCGGUUGUCAAUGCUUAG